AAAGCACGUUAGACUGAGUUUGUCAGAAAAAAAAGAAAUGGCUUCUAAAAAGAAAAGAGUUGGAGAAUUAGAUACGGCUGAAAAAAUGUCAGACCCAAGUGAUGGGGAAAAUAUGGACGAGGAGACUGAAAUGGAGGUGAACGAGGAGAUACAGGUUGACUUUGAGGCCAGAGUUCCCGAGGGAAGUGAUUUUCAUGGCAUCAGAACCCUUCUACAGCAGCUAUUUUUGAAAGCCAACAUCAACUUGUCAGAAAUGGCAGACAUCAUUAUAUCACAGGGACAAGUUGGAAGUGUCGUCAAGCAAUCCUAUGUACCUGAAGAAGAUGAUGAUGAAGAGGAGAUGGCAGAAGAUGAUCCAGUCUUAGCAGUUACUUCAGUCAUCAACAUCACUGAUAAAAAGGACAUGGAAUGUGUGAAACAGGUACGGUCAAUGCUGAUUGACCAAUGUCAGAAGUGUGGAGGAGAUCCAAAAUUCAGCAAGGUCCUGAAUGACAGUGACCACCAUGUAGGCCUUCUGGUCAGUGAGCGAUACAUCAACAUCCCUCCACAAAUAUCAGUCCCAAUGUUUGAUUCAUUGCUAAAAGAAGUGGAAAAGUGUAAAAAUAAGAAGAUGAAGUAUGACUUUUCGUAUUAUAUCCUUCUGUGUAAGACAUACCGACAAAAGGGUCAGAAAAAUAGUCCCCUGUUCUUCACCAACGCAGAGGAGGAAUAUCUACAGGAGGUGAGUGAAGCAAAAUUUCAGUAUUCAGUUCAGGCAGACAGAGACACGGUUGUGACAGGAACUUGGGACUCGGAGGACCAGUUUGAGGCGUUCAGGACCGUACUGCUUAUCCCUGCAGAUAAGCUGAAGCAGGGGGUGGAGAAAAUAAAAACUGAGCUAGCCACAACUUGAUGUGAAAAUUGGAAAAUAAAUUUUUUUAUUUCU